AUGGCCGGAAAAUAUGCUCCAGUACCUGCUAAUGAUCCCUAUACUCAUGGUGACCCUGCUAUUAAUUCUCCAGCAACUUUGCGGGUAUGCUCUAUUUCUAAUCAAAUCUCUCAAAUGCCAUCUAUUACACCCCAAUCAACAAUUACAUCAACAGAAAUAAUGAAACCAGAAUCUGAAUUACAAUCAAAUAAUAGUGGUAUAACAAAAACCGAAAUAGAAAAUAUAGUAAAUUCACAAUUAGAUUUAAGAAUCCAAGAAACCCAAACACAGUCUCAACAGCCUACUUCAUAA